AGACGAUAUGUUCAUAAACACCAGUCACUACUAUAAAUUCAUGCAUAGAGAACAGGAAGAACCUCUCAAGCUUGCAAGAACAUCAGCUUUUAGAUUUCGUGCAAACCCUUUUGCCUUUGUCAGCAUUUGCCUGCUUUUUGUACUUCUGCCAUGGUUAAGGCUGGGAUUGCAAGAACAAGGAUGUUUAUUCUUAGGGAAGCAAAGCAAGUCCAGGGCCAUUUUAGUAGUUAUCGAGCUGCAGGAUACGAUCAUAACCACCACCAUAAUCAGCAGCAGCAGCAGCAGCAAAAUGAACAACAUCAAGAGUCAGGAAACCUGAGCCAUGAAGGAAAGAUGAACUACAAUUCGUCAUGCUGGGUACCUCAUCCUCGCACAGGGAUAUAUGUCCCCAAAGGGCAUGAAAGGGUUAUGGACGAUGUCCCAGAAGGUGCAGCUUCUUUUAAUCAGACAUAUUGGCUGAGGACUGUUGAUGGCGUUGAGAGGCCGGACCCUGAUGUUCCUUCUGAUCAUUAUUUGUCUUUUAAUUUGUAUUAAAUUAAAAAUUAACUUACUUUAAAUACUGCCUAAAUUAUUAGAAUAAUUAUGUUAGUAUAAGUUAAUCACAUGCAAUAUAUGUAUGCUUGAGAGACUAUAUACUAUUUGUAGGGAAAGAAACUAUCAUAAUCCUAUAACCCUUAAAGCUUUUUGUGUCCUUUCAUGGCUAAGAAAAGUGCAGGAAAAUAUGAGUUCUAAGUGUAUAAAACUCUUUAUCCUUCAUCUAUGGUAUAAUUACACCUAAUUACACGAUUUUUAAUA